AUUUAAUUUACUCAAUGCCAUCUCACAUACCCGAUGACCCUACUUUGCUGCUUGUACUGUAUCUGUUGCACUGGCCAGUCGCACCAACCACUUACUAGAUCAGGCAGGAUGAUAUCUACGUCCUGGCAUACGUGGGAUCGAUCCACAUCAUGCUUCUUUCUUCCCCGCUCUAUAUCGUGUAUACUCCGUAGCAAGUAGAUACUCCGAAAGAUACGGAGUAGUUGAUGCUGGAAUGGUUGCCUGUCAGCCUCAGGCGACCAGUCUCGCCGCCCGGCGACGGAAUCUCCACGUGAUAGCACCGGUCCAACAACGCAACCUCCAUCUGUCUGGCCAUCGCCGCAACGACUGGAAAAGAUGGUUCUGGAACUUCAUAUUUGGGGUCCGGCAUUUUCAUUGCCGUCUAUUGAUGCGCAAUGUCUCGCCGCCAUUACGUAUCUGUCCCUGACCGUGCCCAAGGACGCCUGGGUGCUCGUCGCAAGCAGUGAUCCUUCCGUGUCGCCGACUUGCGAACUACCUGCCCUCAAAAAUGGCUCAACAUGGGUGAGCCGGUUCCGCAAUAUCGUCGACUACCUUCGUCAGUAUUCGAACGGCGACUGGGACCUGGAUCAGGGUCUCGAUGGACUCGAAAAAGCAGAUAACAUUGCCUUCUCCGCCUUCCUUGAAUCCCGCGCUCAAUCCCUCCUCGACCUCUCCCUCUACGUCACCAGCCAAAACUACUACAACUGCACCUCUCCCUCCUACGGCGCCAUCCUCCAAUGGCCCAACCAAUGGAUCCUCCCCCCGAAACUUCACAGCGCCGCCAAAACCCGCACCGAACAUCUCGGCCUCUCCUCCCUGGACAUACAAGCCAUCGAAGACCAACGGAAACGUGACCACUCCGCCGCCGUCGCAGCAGGCCAGAUCCCCAAGAACCUCAUUCCUCAGCCGCGCGACACCGUCUCAUCCCUAAUCGGCAAGACGGCGCAGCAGAACCAGUUCAAGCUGGAGGCGUUGACCGCGGAACUGUUCGAGCCGCUCGAGGAAAUCCUCAACGGGAAGGGAUACUUUCUGCACACUCGCGAGGACGGACCUACAAGCCUGGACUGUUUGGCGCUGGGAUACCUGAGUCUGGCGCUUGUGCCGGAGCUGCCUAACCCCUGGUUGAGGGAUGCGAUGCGCAGCAAGGCACCCCAGGUGACGGCGUAUACGGAGCGAAUGGUGAAGGAGAUCUUUGGUGUUGUCGAGCUCGAACAUGCUCUUCCUUCGGAUGAUACUAAGAGAUCACGAUCAUCGAUCCUGCCAUGGCAGGCACCGCAGCGAGCCCGGUUGGCUACGAUUGGAAGCACCCUUUACAAUACCCUUGCGGAUGCGACACCUAUCUGGAAGGAUAUCCGCUUGAACAACCGGAUGAAGGAGGCGAUUGAUGACAACGGGGAGCUGAGUGGGAUUGAGCGUAGGACGAUGUCGGCCUUUGCCGCCGCACAGUCGAAGGAUGUGUGGUUGUCGGUUGGGUAUGCGGUUGUGAGUGUUGCGGCGUUUGUUGGGUAUCUUACGUUCCAACCGUCGAUUCGGAAGAGUUGGACACAGACUGUUCAGCCUGUACACGAGGAGGGUGAGUUCGAGGUGGUAGAUGAGGAGGAAGGUGAAGGGGAAGGGAAAAAGGAGGAGGGAUUAGAUCUUGAAAUGGACGCGAUGAAGGUUUUGCGUGAUCUUGAUCUAUAGUGUAUAUUAGAUAGAUUGUUUAUUAUGUAUUUCCCUCCACGGUGGUGUAAUAGUAGCCAACCAGUUUCUUUUGAAUCUUCAGAUCUCGACAUUCCCAGCGAGCAUAUUGUAUGUUGAUUUAUAACC